CAGGGGUCGAGCCGCCUGGACCCGUCUGGGGUCAGCCCUGCCAGUGAUGUCACAUGCUAAGACAAGCCUACGGUCUAAACCCAUGCUACACUGAGCAGCUACGAUACAGCGCCCAUUUUACUGCGAAGAAGCCAUUCAACUUUUUUCAGUCUUCACCACAACAUCCCCGUCCAUUUACGCAGACAACGCGACGACGCGCGCCACACAACGCAUCGCCCUUCGACUCGACGAUCACUGCCUCGAAGCCACAUUGCGCAAAGAUUCGCAGUGCCCCACGAUGAUCCAAUAGACAAGUAGAGGCCCAAACUUUUAUCCGGUUCUGUUCGAAUCCCGGCAGCCUGUGAUGGGCGCACGACAAACACGAUGGCAACGGACCCCGAAGACCAGCCCUCACCCGUCCCGGAACCCUUGACCGACGGAGACAGCCAUGCCACAAGCAGCGACUCCGACAGCGACUCGGGCGAGUCGCCCGCACCCCAGGUAGAAUGGCUAGCCACGGCACGCGCGAAGCGGUCCACCGCCGGCAACCGCAUGAAGUCGAUGCUCGCCAACGAGGAGCCCGCCGACGAGGACUCGGACCUGGAGCUGCUGUUCCAGGAGGACGAGGACGACGCCGGGUUCAGCGACAGGGGCCAGGACGACGGCUCCGACGCGCAGAUGGACUCGUCCGACGACGAGGACGAGAACGAGGCCGAGGCCGAGGACGAGGGCGAGAAGGAGCUGCAGCGCAAGGAGCGCGACAAGAAGCUCGCGGCCCGCAAGCGCAAGGCCCAGCAGGCCAUCCCCGCGCGGUUCAGGAAGAAGGUCCGCAUCAGCCAGCCCCCGACGCCGACCAGCACCACCGCCGAGCCGCCCAAGCCCCGGCCCAAGAAGAAGUCGGAGCGCGCCAGCUGGCUGCCCUCGGCCGCCGACAUGCCCACGCGCUCGUCCGACCGCAAGACCACCAGGCUCAGCAAGGAGCAGCUGCACAACCAGAUGGUCGAGCGCGAGGAGCGGCGCAAGAGGCAGGUGGAGCUCAUGGAGAAGAAGGCCAAGAAGCUCGAGGCCAUGAAGAAGCCGCCCAUGACGCAGGCCGAGAGGCUCGCCGAGGCCGCCCUGGUCGAGGAGACGAACUCAAAGAGCCUCAACAGGUGGGAGGAGGCCGAGAAGGUGCGCGAGGAGGAGCGCCGGGCCAAGCUGGCGGCGCUGAACAACCGCCGGCUCGAGGGCCCCGUCGUCACCAUGUGGAGUGGCAUCGUCGACCUCAGCGAGACCCAGCUGAAGAACGUGGGCAAGCUGGUGUCCAUCGAGGAGAAACCCAAGCGGAAGAGGCCGUCCACUGCCGCUUCUACUGCCGCAAAUACGGGCGCGAAUACGGGUGCGAAUACCGCCGCGCCGAGCCCCAAGCCAGACCAACCAUCCACAGCCGUCUCGAAUGCAGGCACUGCGGCUACGGCCAGUCCCAAGGCGGAGACAGCAGCUUCAGAGACAGUCCCCCCUACGCCGAUUGCACAAGAAGGCUCCACCCUACAGACUGUGCCAGAAACACAAGGAGAGCCAAAAGGCCCCAAGAAAGAGGCGGCUGAGCAAUCCGAGAGUACUGUUACACAGGUGCCUACUGAGAAAUCCACGACUGAGUCUUCAGCUACUGGAAACCCAACAACUCAGCCUCUGGCGAGUGAGCAAUCUACGUCAGAACAGCCUGCUGCUGUACAACCUACAACAGCACAGCCUACGACUGAACAAAACUCAACUGGGACAUCCACGGCUGGGCAACCUGUGACUGGGCAGAACACCGCUGAGCCGACGACGAGUGGGCAACUCACGACGGGGCAGCCUGCGACUAGCCAACCUUCAACGGAGCAAAUUACGACCCAAAAAGCUACAAACGAGCAGAUCAGCACUCAGCAGACGCCGCCUUCAUUACCAACGGCCACCGCACCCGCAGCUGCACCCCUUUCUGCACCCGCGCCCACGACAGUGCCGGUAUCAACGCCAGUGCCGGCGCCCAUAGCACCAGUCACCAUCCCACCUCGCCCUCUAUCUGCCUCGAGGCCCCAGUCCAUGUCACCAGGAAUCCCGAGUCCCGGCAUAUUCGCUCCCAUGGCACACGCUCGUGGGACACCUCCCCCGAGGCCUCUGUCUGCGUCCCCAGCAGCCUCGGGCCCAGCAGCAUCGCCCCCGGUUUCAGGCCCUUCUCCUCUCUCCGUGCCUCCGAAAUCGAGAAAUAUGUCCCCUUCGAUGCCCUCGCCACCCGUCAAGACGGAGCCGCAGAGCACCUCACAGCUGCCCUUGGCCCUUAGGCCGGAUAUAGGACCGCGGUUUAUGCCGCCUCCGAAUCCUCAUCUCACCCAAUCGCCCCAGCCGAGUGUCCUUGCCCCUCCAGUCGGCAUGCCCAGCAUGUUCAAUGGACCGGUGCCGGUCUUGGGAUACGCGGCUCAACAUCCUCCUCGCCCCGCUGGCCUGGCUGCCCCAAAUGGCUCUCACUCGCCUUCGCCUCUGAACCCCUCGUCACCUGCUGCGGCUCCCAUCCCAAUCCCAGGAUCAAAUCAAGCACCCAACCCACUUUCCGCUUUCCCAAGCCCAUUCCAACAACCUCCUCCCGCACCGCAACCAUCAGCAAUCCAUACAACGGCUAGCUUUCAGCCGAUAAUGCCAAUCGCGGCACCUGUGCCCGCCGUUCCGGCUCCAGGUCCGGCUCCAGGUCCAGGUCCAGCCUCAGUUCCAUCGCCAGGAGCGGCUCCUGCUCCGACCGGAACUCCCGCGAAGCUUACCAAGAAGCAACAGAAGGAGGCAGCAGCCAGCGCUAAGAAGGCCGCCAAAGCUGCAGCUCCGAAGAAGCCCCCUCCUCCACCUCCCAAAUCCCCAUCGCCCGAGCCGCCUCUGGAAGGCAAAGUCACCCGCAGCUGCAUCAUUCUCCAAGACUUUGACGAAGACGCCAUCAAGAAGCCCGAUGUCCAGACCCAGAUCCUGUUCGGCCGCAAGAUGACCAAGCUGGCGAAACCCACCCCCGCGCCCCUGUGCGUCAUCACAAACCACCCAGCCAAGUACAGGGACCCCAAGACGGGACUGCCAUACCACAACGCCUACGCCUUCAAGGAGAUCCAGAAGCUCGUGGCGGGCGACUUCAAGUGGAGCCAGCUCACGGGCACGUGGGUGGGCCGCGGCGACGACGCGGCCCAGGGCGUGCCCGCGCGGUUCACGCGCCCCGAGACGGAGGAGGAGAGGAAGGAGAGGCUCGAGCGCAAGGAGAGGGAGAAGAAGGAGGCCGAGGAGCGCAAGGCGCGGGAGGAGAAGCUCGCCGCGGAGGAGAAGGCCAGGCUCGAGGCUGCUGGGCCACCGCCGCCGCCGCCGACGACGACGACGACGACGAAGAGUACUGCCUCGUCCACUGGGCUGGUUCCGACGGCGCCGAUGGGCACAACCCCUGCCCCGAUGGCCCCGAUGGCACCGAUGGGACAGGGUGCCGACGCCCAGGCGGCGCCUGUCGCUUCUGGCUCGGUGCCGCUGCCAAACACCAUCCCGGCGCCUGCGACCGCGCCUGCGGGAUUACCUCCCCCGCCGGCGGCGAUACCACCGUCGAUACCGCCGCCUGGUGGUGAUACAAAGGCAACAGUAGGACCGGCCCCACAGGCAGGACCGGCCCCGACGGUGCCUGGGCGGGCCGCGACAACUGGUGGAAUGCCCGCUGCCGCUCCCGUUGCGGCAGAUACCGACACCGUCAUGACGCCAGCACCGCCGCUUGGAUCCGGUGUGGACCAGGCGGGGCCCGCCGCCUAGUCCCUGGAACAGCUCGCGAGGCUGGCUCCGGAUAGGCUGUAGCGGGUUAGAUACAGGGUUAUAAAGAUACUUGAUUCAGACAGCCGCCACUCCUGGUCCUUAUUAUUCCAUUCCCCCCUCUCGUGAAGUCGCAAUGCGUCGGGCAAUGCAGGAAAAGUAGGGGCACAUUGUGCCAGGCAGGCCACGGGAUGGCGGCGGAAGUGUCGAGUGGUGACUUUGCUCUAUGCUGAUCGCAGUCUCAUCCCACUGACGUCUGAUCGAGUUAUAACGUUGUUCGUCGUGAUUCAUUGCGUCCUAGAGGAUACAUACAUCCCGAGCCCCACCGUCUCUUUCCUCUGGGAACGUCCUUCUGCCUUGAAGAACUACACCUGUAUUCCCAUCUGUCGUGACUGUGUGGGAACUGUACAGCAGGUACGAAAUCGUGGUGGCAUAACCGUCCUCACGAAAUCAGAAAAGAUGGAUGCUUCUUAAAAAUCCGGCUCACAAGGGCGCCCCAAAAUCAAUUGACUCCAGUGGUAUCUCCUCCAAAUCCAACCGUCAAAAAAUUCAUCCAGGCCGUAGACGACCAUGCGCAGUGAUACGAAAUGCCGCCCCAUCUCAACCCGAACCCAAAACCUCCUUUCCAAGAGACCAGAUGCUGGUCAAAGCCGCCAAGGGGUACGUAUUUAUGCAUCCACCACGCACGUCAAGGCUUAUAAGCCUCCUCCGCCACAAGCGUCUCCUCCUCCCAGCACUUCUCCAGCCACCGCUCCGUCACCACAUACGGCCGCCUGAGGUCCUCCCUCUCGCUGACCCGGGCGUUGAUCCCCAUCGCCACCUCGCCCGCGCCGUCGGCAUCGCCCCCGCUGACGACGACAACAUGCGUCACGUCGCCGUCGCCAAGGUCGGCCGCGACCUCGCCGCCCCCGAACCGGACCCACGCAUCCAGGCGCGCCGUCGUGAGCCGGUGCUCCUGGCCCGCGACGUGCGCGAGCAGGACACGGCACCGCCGGAACACGUAGCCCCGCGAGCGGGGCAGCUCGUGGCCGCGGGCCUCGAGCUGGUCGUAGAAGGCGCCGUUGUCGAAGCCACGCGCCGCGGUGUUGUCGCCGUCGUCCGCCAUGCGGUCCUCCCUCCAGCGCGCGAAGAGCCGGUCCAUCUCGUCCCCGUCCAGGUCGCGGUGGUAGCUGUCGCCGAGGGGGUCCGUGUUCUCGAGGGCGAGGGCGCGCAUGUCGUCGGGCGCGAGGUAGAGGUGCUCGUCCUCGUAGGGCAGGAGGUAUUGCUGUCUGGCGCAGUCGACGAGCCACUUGGGGCUGAUGAUGUAGGCCACGCCCUCGGUCCUGGCCAGCGAGUUGACGAGCACCGUCUUCCUGUCGCCGACGCCGAUCGCGGUGCCCUCGGCGACCUUCCUGGCGUCCUGGACGAUGGAGCCGCCGUGCUCUCGCACGAGGUUCUGGAGGUCCCUCUCUAGCAUGUCUAGGGCCUCGGACCCGGACGGUAUGUAGAACGCCAUGCCCUCGAACAGCUUGGACUUCUCGAACACGACGGCGCCGUCGUUCUCGGGGAGGUACAAGCCUGUCUUUGCCUUCUUCUUGGGUGCUUUCUUCCUCUUCUCCUCAUAUUCGAUCUGUCUCUUUUGGUCCUCCCCCUUUUUGAUCUCGAAGCGGACUUCGUUCCACUGGUCAAUAUCGAGGGCAUCAGUCCAGCUCUUGUCAGUGCGUAUGCCUUUGAAGCGAGGAAAGCGCAACGUCUUCAUGACACUGAAAGAAUUGGAGUCCUCGACGCUGGAGGCUUUGACCUCGAUCACGAUCGACUGGCUUGGUCGGAUCCACCGGUCUGGCUUUUCUGCGUACCUCUCCCCGCCAGCCAGCUCGAUGUAUUGUCUUGCGCGCUUUGGGUUCCAGUCCUGCCACUUGUCCUCCGGGAGGAGACGUUGGAUCUCUUCGUAAUCCUCCAUCUUUAUGCCACCACCGACCUUAAAGAAACUGUAAAACUUCUCGGGAUGAGCAGUCCCCGCUUCGAUCUCCCUCUGGCUUGCCCUUAGUCCGCAGAGGAAACUUGAGAGAAUCCCACCCCGUCUUCCGGUGCCAUAGUACCCGCCUAUGAUGACACAAUCCAGGGUCUCGCCGUAGUCUUUCAUGUAGUCGGGCUUGAUCUUGAUCCAGUGGUAGGGGCGACUGUUUAGGUAAUACUCAGCGUGCGGGUUCUUGAGCAUGAUGCCCUCCGCAGAGUCCUGGAUGAUCUGGCGAAGGUACGGCUCGAUUUCCGAAGGCGACGUGCAAACCUGGUGGGGGUGGAUUUCGAACCGCCCAGGGACAUCCUGGAUGAUGUAUUCCAGUAACUCGUGCCGUUUCGCGAGUGGCGUGGCGGUCAGGUCUUUAUCGUUGUACAACAAGAUGUCGAAAACCCGGUAUAGAGGUCUGGGUUUCUCUUCGUCGUGCGGGUUCCUCUGCGCGUGUAUCGCGUGAGUCUUCAGAGUCCCGAAAGUGACCAUCCCGCCUUUCUUGGGGUCGAACCCAACCAUCUCCCCGUCCAGAAUGCAGUUUGGCACGCUGCGGAAUGAGUUUCCCAGAUGCCGUGUAAGGGCCGAAUUGGCAUCGUCAACUGACUCCCCAUACAGAUAUGUGUAGUCCUUACCCCGUUUGGACCAGAACUUGAAACGGUAUGCACCGUCCUCCAUCUGAACGUGCAUGAGCAUCCUCUCCCCAUCGACCUUCUCCUCCAUCCAGAACGUCGGGUCGUCUGCAGGAAGCUUGAGUUGGCGAACGAUCUUGUCCCAGGUCAUGGCAUUGCUGGCGGUUGGUGCAAGCUGGGGCAUGAAAUUAUGCAUUAUAUGGAGUCUCUGGUCGUCCUCCCCGAUGCGAAUUUCCGGGUCCGUGAGCUGCCGACAGACAUCGCGCAGGUCGGAGUUGACAUUGAAGAGGUCCACGCCAUCUGGGUGCCAUUUUGUCAGGACGGAUUUCUCGGAUACACCCACCCUGAUCUGCUUAAGUAUGAUGCGGAUGAGCCACUGCAGCUCCAGGGCGGACAUGUGCAGGUAGAAGUCAUCGAGGAUUGGGAGCUGGUCGGCCUCUCUGCUAGAGCCUGCCAACUGGUCAAGCAGCUCGUUCACGCGUGAUAUGCUCAUGGUGCCAAAGCCCUCUAUCUCGACGCGCUUUUGCAAGGCCUGAUAACAGCGUCCUGCGAAGUCACCAGCCAUGCGGGUCGCCUCGGUCUGGCCGGGGUUCUUCCAGUUAUUGAGACUCUUGGCAUCUGGGUUGUUGUUGGAGAUGCCGAGGAGCUUGACGAGCCGCUUCGCAAUAGUCUGCUCCUUGAGUCCGUAUACCGAGCGCUCGCUGUCGAUUUGCGGACAAAUGAGGCGCAUGGCCGGGUAGAUGUCAUUCCCGACUUCUUGGCGCCAUCUGGAAAAGAAACCUUCGAGGACCUCAUUCGUGUGCACCCUCGUCGACUUGGCUUCCACCUUGAUUCUUCCUACGCCUGGGGCAUGGGUGAAAUGAGUGGGUGCGGGGCCCUUCUUCAAGGGUUCAAAGAGGUCCUUGACAAGCUCGGCGAAUGGUAGGGUGGGAGAAUGGUUGUGAGGGGCCGGCUGGCUGGGUUGACUCAUGAUGGGCGAGAGGCUUGUGAGGUCAAGAAGGGAUGGGUGUGUGUGACGGUUGGUUGAUUGGGCAGAUGAUGGAUAUUAGAUCAUGCUGGUGUUGGGAAUUGGAUGGGGAUAGGGCCAUUCGGCAUGUUGAUGGAGAACGCGACGCGCGACGGGCGUGAACGUGUGCGUGUAGGUGAGAGUGAAGUGCUGCCUGGGACAUGCGGCGCGGUUGCCUCGCCAGAUCAUGUGAAGUGAAGCUUACAUCAGCUCGAGCCAACCGCAGACCAACAGCCAGCAGGCCAACAGCUUGAACAGGCAGACAUUAAUGUGCACGCUUUUAUGUUUACAGCGCUGACCGUAAUAUUUUAUCAUAUCCAUCGGUUCCAAAGUCAGUGCAGCGCAACUCGCACUCAUGCCUGCACAUACAAAAGCUGACCGACCACACAGCCCACACAGCGUCCCAUUGCUCUGGUAAUCUGAUCAGACAAUAAAAGAGGACCCAUCUCGAUGUGUGGGGAUCCGAGGAAGCUCAAAAGUCAAUUGCACUAGUGUUGGUGUUGAAUCAUAUUGUCAGACUGUCGAGCAAGAGAGUCACCACGUUGCGUGCUCAACCCGGCUAAUAUGACAGUGUGGUGCACCCACACCGGGACACGUGCCGAACAUAUCCACGUAUCCACAGAUCUGGGGCACUGGCCGUCUGGAGCAAGAUCUCCAUGUCGGAAAAUACAUUCAGAAAUGGUCCUCGCCUGUGAGUAGUAGUGUUGAGAAGGGCUGAGAGGGUGCACACAGUACCUAGGCAGGCAGGUGAAGGAUGGCAGGAUGACAGGAUGGGAGGAUGGCCCCUGCGGCGAUCUCCUCGCCCGGGAGUUGGAGUGGUUGGUUGCAUCAUUACCCUGUAAUGGCUGUCACACUAACUCUGCGGGUUCCCGUCGUGGUGGGACCUGCAAAGGGGGUCGCGUGCCGCCGACGGGUGGUGGGACUGGGAAAGCUUUCAUGCAGAAGACGGCGGACAGGGGGCCCGAAGGAGGCGAACAGCAAAACCUCCAAGGUGGUCUGUCAUUUGGAAUAAAAAUACAAGCAGAGACCGCAUCAUGGACAUCAAGCCACGCCGUCUUCAGGGCCUUGCCGUGCGAGAGACGGAAGCCAUCGGGACCGGCUGGACGGGCUUAGUUGG